AUGGCAGAAGCAUGCAUCAAUAAGGAAAAAACACAACAGCUUUAUAGCUCAGCUGUAGACAGUUCUUCUACUAAUGACACCCUGGCUAAACCUUCAAACCAAAGUUAGGAUGGUGGUGUAACAAGGGAUUCAGUGACAAAUCAUUUGCAUAUUGAUGGUGUUGACAGAGGCCAGCAGGGUAAUUCUGCAAAUGCUCCAGAGUUUAGCAGCGAAAGUGAGCUGGAUGCUAAUGAUGCCUUGAUAGGAGGCCUGCAUGGGAGUGGCUACUCUGAGGAAGAGUUGAUGGAUGGUUAUUUUGAAUCAAGAAUUGUUGAUCUUCAGGGCGGCUGUGACCCUGAGGGGGAGAGAGAGAAUCCGCAUGAACUUGACAUUAGAGAGUCUAAUAUGCAUCAUUAUUUGAAGUCUGUUGCUGAGGUGGAAUGA